AUGUCGUCUCCAAUGUCAAUCCUGCAAAAGUUACGCAAGUUUUCCACCUGUGAUAUAUCUGAUGGUUUAUUGAAUGUCUAUAAUAUCUCAACAGGUGGCUAUUUCCCUAAUCUAACAGCGAUAUCUUUACCACCAGGUAGCUCCAUAGUAGGCGCUGCAUACACAGUACUAUUUGCACAUGCCGACGACCCAAGACCUGCUGUAAACUAUAUAGAUUCCGUGCCCCCUAACUCUGCUCUUGUUCUCGCCUUAGAACCUCAUUUACAAAGCCAAUUCCAUCCAUUUGUUAAGAUUACUCAAGCGAUGUACGGAGGGUUGAUGAGUACAAGGGCGCAGUUUUUGAAAUGCAAUGGGACAGUAGUUUUUGGUCGUGUAAGAGAUGUGGAUGAACAUCGAACUUUAAAUCACCCUGUUUUUGCUUAUGGUGUAGGAUCUUGCGCUCCAAAAGCCAUGGUUAAAGCUGUGGCCACCAAUGUACAGUUGCAAAUCUUAACAAGCGAUGGUAUGACCCAAUUGAUACAUCCUGGUGAUUAUGUUGUUGGAGAUAGUAACGGCAUAGUCUGUGUUCCAGUUCAGGAGGUCGACAUUCCGAAAUUAACCACCUAUAUCGAAAAAUCCAUCGAGGUAGAUAUACUUGUCUCUGAGGACAUUAAGAAUGGCGUUCCCGCAAAACAGGCGCAGAAGGAUCGAAGAUCGGUUUUAAAACAGUACAUUUAA